AUGAGAAAAGAAGUGAAAAACAUUGACGGGAAGGAUUCCAAAGGAGGAGGAGUUAGUGAUGAUGAAGAAUCAAGAAAGUCUGGAAUUGGGAAGGGUCAAUCAGAUUUUCAGAAGUGGGUAAAGUUCCUGUUACUAGCUAAACAUAUUGAACCAACAAUAGGGUCAGAAUAUUCGAAGAACUCCCCUGUUCUUCGGGAAGCAGAGGGCUCUGAUUUAGAAAAGGCUUCUACGUCUCAAGAUAGGUGGAAUCUUGACGGUCAUUCAAAAGAAGUUGAAGGGCAAUCAAAAUGCAAGGAACCAGAGAAAGAUUCCCUAUGGUGCCCCGAAUGCAAGAUUGGGUUCCAGAAUAGAAUUAUGAAAGAACUUCAUCAAAAGGGUAAGCAGCACAAAAUCGGAGUCAAGAAGCAAAAACUCCCCGGUUUAAUUUGCAACACAAGAUCAAAAUUGAGAAAAGCUGUGAGCCACUCCAACAAAUCCGAAGCCAUGAAGGGUAAGGUGAGGGACGCGUUUGUAAGAGCCGAAAUUCUGGAAAGCGGUAUGAUUACUUCAAGUUCAGGGGUAAAAUCUGCUGAGAUGCAGAAGGAGGGUCUUCUGAAGCUAAGUUCUGGAACAAAUGGGUUAAAAACUGAAGUUAAGUCUGUUGAGAUGCACCACGAGGCUUUUCAUGGAUGUCCUCCAAGGGGAAGUGUUGGAGUCAACGUCAAGAACGUUUCUGGGAAGGAUAUCAAGCAUUUUCCUUUGGCAUCCAGCUCCAAGGGUGACUCUGCAAAAGAAGCAUCAAGCAGCCGGAGAACUGAUGAGGACCCUGAUUCCGUCUUGGAUUUCCCAAAGUCUCCAAAUGAUGAGGCAGAAACCUCGACCAAGAGUGGCCGGGGAUCUUGUAAGGAAUCCGAGAAGAAGAAUCCUUGUUUGAAGAAUGAUGAUGCUGGAAUGGGUGAGAUGGUUACCCCCAAGUCCAACCCCAUGGUUUAUGAAACUUCCUCUGUUGACCCACUGAUUGAAGGUUUUCCUGAGAGGGUAUUGGAUCAAACUGGAGUCACCGAGAGUGCUGUCGAGGAAGAUCCAACUGCUGAAAGGGUUACCGACGAAUCAGACAAGAAAGGAUUCAAGUAAAUCAUCUUUCCGAUGAUGAUUCUGUUGAGACUAGUUUCUACUAUUUGUCAAUUUACUUUCAAUUUUUUUGUUCUGGAAAACUUAGGAGUUUUGGGUAUUGUGAUAUAGUAAUUUUAAUCAGGGUUCUGUAGUGAGGAGAGUGGAGAGUAGUGGAG